AUGCAGAGCGAGGAAGAUUUUUCGGACGAUACGCAGAGUGAGGAAGGUUUUUGGUCCGCGCCUCAGUCUCCGUCACACGAUUUACCCGUCAAGCUUCCUGGAAAAUGUUGGGCUGAAUCAGAGUCUCACUUGCAAGCGUUGCAAUUGAUUGUUCGUCUUGGACAACCUUUUGGCGCGUUUCUACUAGCGCAGCAGCGUGGCGGAGAAUACAAGAGAAUCGCGUCAGAUCAUGAUAUCAUUGCACAAGUCGAAGACGUGGCUUCCAUCAACGAGAUGAUGGACAUCAGGACACUAGAGAUACUGUAG